UGGUGGUGGGGAUGAAGUGGUUCGGCAAAGACGAGUCUUCCUAGGUGGACACACAAGUCACUACAAAAGCGUAGCACGCAGACCAACGGACAUCAGUCGACUGCAUCUCUUUCAAAUCGAACGACAAUGAAGAUGUUUUUACAUAUGGCGUGCGUUAUUGGGUUGUGCACAUUCGUGAUGUGUGCGAACCAGCCCGAAUCAAAUAUAUCUAAAGAGACCAAGAAUCACGACAAGAGACGCAUCAUCGACACCGGCUAUGGAUACGGAUCGGGUUUCGAUCUGCACGAGCCGGCUGGUAAUCACCAGAUACACCAAGAGAACCACGAUCAACAAGUGUUGUCCAAAACGAUCAUCAAGGAAGUAACCCAACCGUAUCCGGUCGAGGUCGAGAAACGCGUACCGUACCCGGUAAAGGUCGAAGUGCCCGUCGACCGCCCUUAUCCCGUGCACGUGCCCAAGCCGUAUGCAGUCCACGUGGAAAAGCCUGUCCCGUAUGAGGUUAAAGUUGAGGUGCCGCAACCGUACACUGUUUACAAGCAAGUCCCGUAUGAAGUCAAGGUACCCGUUGACAAACCGUACACCGUCCACGUGCCCAAACCAUACACCGUCUACGUGGAGAAGCGAGUACCUUACGAAGUCACCAAGCACGUCCCUUAUCCGGUCAAUGUGUACGUCGACAAACCGUACACCGUACACGUACCGGUAACGAAACACGUACCAUACACCGUCGAGAAGCGAGUGCCCUAUACUGUCAAUGUGCCGGUCGACCGUCCUUACCAGGUUAUCGUCGUGAAGCACGUCCCAUACCCCGUUGACAAACCCGUACCGUACACCGUCGAAAAACCAGUGCCUUACCACGUCAAAUUUCCCGUCAAAGUCGCCCAACCGUACCCAGUCGAAGUCGAGAAACACGUACCGUACCCGGUAAAGGUCGAAGUGCCCGUCGAUCGCCCUUACCCAGUGCACGUGCCCAAGCCAUAUGUGGUCCAUGUGGAGAAGCCCGUCCCAUACGAGGUCAAAGUAAAGGUGCCGCAACCGUACACCGUCUACAAACACGUUCCAUAUGAAGUAAAGUACCCGGUUGACAAGCCGUACACCGUCCACGUGCCCAAACCCUACACCGUUUACGUGGAAAAGCGCGUCCCUUACGAGGUCACCAAGCACGUCCCUUACACCGUAAAAGUUUACGUUGACAAACCGUACACCGUCCACGUACCAAUAACGAAACACGUACCGUAUACCGUCGAAAAGCCGGUACCCUAUACGGUCAAAGUUCCGGUCGACCGCCCUUACAAGGUCACCGUUGAGAAGCACGUGCCUUACCCCGUCGACAAACCCGUACCCUAUACCGUCGAGAAACCAGUACCUUACCCGGUCAAAUUUCCCGUGAAAGUCGAAGUGCCAGUGCCGUACAAGGAAAACGAAAAUGAAGACAAAUACUCUUCAUCAGAGGCCCUAUACGAAGGAAAACAUCCGCAAUACGGUCAACACGAGCACGGCAAUUAUUGAUUGAUACACUGUCAUGUUUUGCUAGUCAUAAUGUAAUACUUAAUAAUAUUAUGUUACAUAUCUUAUUCUGAUUAUUUUUUGUUACAAAAGUUUUUGAAAUGUUUUUGUUUUAUGUUAAUAUUUUGUAUUAUAAUAUAGUGUAAUAAUAUGUAUUAAGAUAAUAUUAUGUUCUUAAAAUAAAGACUCGUUUUA